UCUCUCUGGCCUUGGUUUGUAGCUUCUGUUUUUCCCUUCUUCCAUCGCGACUUCGGGUCCUGACAAGACAUGGCUUCUGCCACUGUGGCAGCUGCAAGGAGAGCGCUCCGCCGGGCUGUCCCGCUUCUCCGGCGCAGUUACCAGACGGAGAGGGGCGUCUAUGGCUACCGGCCGAGGAAAGCCCAGAGCAGCGAGCCCCGAGGAGACGCUGCACAGCCCUCAGUUGAUCAUGGCCUUGCCAGGCUGGUGACAGUAUUCUGUGAGCACGGCCACAAAGCUGCCCAGAUCAACCCUCUCUUUCCUGGACAAGCCCUGCUGGAUACUGUGCCUGAAAUCCAAGCCCUCGUGCAGACACUGCAGGGACCCUUCAUAACCACAGGUCUGUUGAACAUGGGUAAGGAAGAGGCUUCCCUGGAGGAAGUGUUAGCCUAUUUGAACCAUAUCUACUGCGGGCCAAUUUCUGUUGAAACCGCCCAGCUUCAGAGCCAGGAGGAGAAAGACUGGUUUGCCAGAAGGCUUGAGGAACUGAAAAAGGAGACGUUUACCACAGAGGAGCGAAAACACCUGUCAAAACUGUUGCUAGAAUCGCAGGAGUUUGACCACUUUUUGGCCACCAAGUUUGCCACAGUGAAGAGAUAUGGAGGUGAAGGGGCCGAAAGCAUGAUGGGGUUUUUCCAUGAGUUGCUGAAAUCGGCAGCCUACGGUGGUAUAACUGAUCUCAUUAUCGGCAUGCCCCAUAGAGGGAGGCUGAAUCUGCUGGCAGGCCUUCUGCAGUUACCUCCAGAGCUGAUGUUCCGUAAAAUGCGAGGCUUAAGUGAAUUUCCAGAAAAUGCCGCAGCCAUUGGAGAUGUCCUGUCCCAUCUGACCUCCUCCGUGGACCUAGACUUCGGUGCCCACCGUCCCCUCCAUGUGACAAUGCUGCCAAACCCUUCACAUUUGGAAGCUGUUAACCCCGUGGCCGUAGGGAAAACUCGUGGUAGGCAACAGUCUCGUGAAGACGGUGACUACUCACCUCACAGUUCUGCUCAGCCUGGGGACAGAGUCAUUUGCCUACAGGUUCACGGUGACGCUUCCUUCUGCGGUCAAGGGAUUGUUCUCGAAACGUUCACGCUCUCUAAUCUCCCACAUUUCAGAAUUGGUGGGAGCAUCCAUCUAAUCGUCAAUAACCAGCUAGGUUACACCACUCCAGCAGAAAGAGGAAGGUCGUCUUUGUACAGCAGUGACAUGGGAAAGGUCGUAGGCUGUGCCAUCAUCCAUGUCAAUGGAGACAGUCCAGAGGAAGUGGUCCGAGCUACACGACUUGCUUUUGAGUAUCAGCGCCAGUUCCGCCAGGACGUGAUUAUUGAUCUGUUAUGCUAUCGACAGUGGGGCCACAAUGAGCUUGAUGAGCCUUUCUUCACGAACCCAGCCAUGUACAAAAUCAUCAGAGCCCGAAAGAGCAUCCCUGACACCUAUGCAGAGCACCUCAUUGCCAGUGGACUCAUGACCCAGGAGGAGGUUUCUGACAUAAAAGCUUCCUACUAUGCCAAGUUAAAUGACCACUUGGCCAACACGGCCCACUACAGCCCCCGUGCCACUAACCUGCAGGCCCACUGGCAGGGCCUGGUGCAGCCAGAGGCAUGCGUCACCACCUGGAACACAGGUGUGCCGCUGGAGCUCCUUCGGUUUAUUGGCGUGAAGUCCGUGGAGGUUCCAGACAAACUGCAGUUACACAGCCAGCUUCUGAAGAUGUAUGUUCAGUCAAGAAUGGAGAAGAUGAAGAGUGGAACAAAUUUAGACUGGGCCACAGCAGAAACCCUUGCCUUGGGCUCCUUGCUUGCUCAGGGUUUCAAUGUUCGUCUAAGUGGCCAAGAUGUUGGCCGUGGAACUUUCAGUCAAAGGCAUGCAAUGGUGGUUUGCCAGAACACUGAUGAUGCCUACAUUCCUCUGAACCAUAUGGACCCUAAUCAGAAGGGGUUUCUAGAGGUUAGCAACAGCCCCCUGUCGGAGGAGGCUGUCCUGGGAUUUGAAUAUGGGAUGAGCAUUGAAAGCCCAAAGCUGCUAUCCCUCUGGGAAGCUCAGUUCGGCGAUUUCUUCAACGGAGCCCAGGUCAUCUUUGACACAUUCAUCUCAGGAGGAGAGGCCAAGUGGCUCCUGCAGAGUGGCAUCGUCAUCCUCCUUCCUCAUGGCUAUGAUGGGGCCGGGCCCGAUCACUCGUCUUGUCGGCUAGAGCGGUUCCUGCAGAUGUGUGACAGUGCAGAAGAAGGUGUGGACAGCGACACUGUGAACAUGUUUGUGGUACACCCGACUACUCCAGCGCAGUACUUCCACCUGCUUAGAAGACAGAUGGUCCGCCACUUCAGAAAACCUCUCAUUGUUGCUUCUCCCAAAAUGUUACUCAGGUACCCGGCAGCUGUGUCAGCUCUUCAGGAAAUGGCCCCAGGAACAGCAUUCAAACCUGUCAUUGGUGAUUCGUCAGUAGAUCCAAAAAAUGUUAAAAGCCUCAUAUUCUGCUGCGGCAAACAUUUUUAUGCCCUGCUGAAGCAAAGAGAAUCCUUGGGGUCCAAGAAGCAUGACUUUGCCAUCAUUCGAAUAGAGGAACUCUGCCCUUUCCCACUGGACUCAUUACAGCAAGAGAUGAGCAAAUACAAACACGUUAAAGAUGUCAUUUGGAGUCAGGAGGAACCUCAGAACAUGGGCCCAUGGUGUUUUGUUUCUCCAAGGUUUGAAAAACAACUGGCCUGCAAGCUCCGCCUUGUAAGCCGGCCCCCUCUGCCAGCACCUGCGGUGGGAAUUGGCACGGUGCACCAGUGGCAGCAUGAAGACAUCCUCAGCAGGACCUUCACGUCAUAGCGUGCUCUGAGGAGCCAGCAUCACCUCUUAAGCAAAGUGCCAUAGAAGAAAACCCUGCCUCCUCUACUCUGUUUCCUUUCC